GCAUGCGUGCGAUUAUUAUUUGGGCGGUGUGGUGCGCUCGCCCCAACGAUGAAGCAAUGUCCAGCUGUUUUCUUUUCAGCAUCAACCGUCUACGAUCGUGCGAGUCAGGUUCAGUCGUGAUCGUGCUGUGGGGCGUGCGGGAUCGUACAAGUGAUUUUGUGUGUGAUUUUACGUGUUUCAAGUGAUCGGUUUGCCAUGGAUGAUGCUUUACAUUCAAUUGCUAGUGUGUGACAGGAGCGUGAGCGUGAUAGAGCAGUGAGAUCAUCUGCCCAAAUCUGUGUAGUGUUUUUUCAAAGGUAAUGGCAGUUAUCUCAAGAGUGUAAAUCUAGUGCCAUUUUGUGUGUGUGUGUGUGUGGGUGUGUUUCCCAUAAAAAGUGUUUACUAAAGCAGUGCUCGCACAACAAAUGGUGCUCGUUCGAUGGUAAUGUUGUACAGUCGAUCAGCGCAGUACGUCCAACGCGGGACAGCCCGCUCAGUAUAACAGUGUCAUGGAAAUUGUUUGCAUACGCACGCAGACACACAUACACAGCUCCCAGUGAAUCCGGCGCGAUGUAAAUGUGUGCGCUAGGGCGUGUAAAAUUAACCAUCUUGAAAGAAGAAUAAAAAGUAGUGAUAAUAACAAGUAAGGAAAAUUCCAUCCCGAAAAAAAAACGGGAGGCACAUAACAAAAAAUGGUCUGCAAGUGGGUCGCGGACGGUGAUGAGGCGGGGGUGAGUUCGCCCCUAAUGAUCGCGUUCCUAACCAUGGUCGGGUCCAGGCACGAUCGGUUGCAGCCGGCAGCUGUUGUUGUUGUUCAGUCACUGUACCGCACGAACGUGGCGUAUGUGGUGGUGAGUGGACUGAUGUUGGUCUGCUGCCUUUCUGCCCUCGGUUACAUCGUGGUGAAGUAUGAGAAAAGGCGCCAUAAUCUGCUGGCUUUGCAUAAUUUGCGGUCAAUCGUACUGCUGGUGGCGCUGCUCGUCGGCAUCGGCGAAAUUGGCCACCAGUGGCUGGCCGUCGAUCGGUUGGGACGCGUACGAACCGACUGCACCGGAACGAAGCGCCCGGAAGUGCACUCCACUCAAUCGGAAGCGUUUACGACGGACCGGGCACCGUUCGAUGGCGAUGCGGUCGUCUGGAAAACGGUUACCGUUGGGCUGGGAGCGGCCUGGAUCGCCUUGUUGGCCCUGGUUGGUGUGGCGUGCGUCGUACGGGCUAUCGAGCGACGAGAUAAAUGUGGACUAUUAUACGCGGUGCUGGCGGCCGAAGGCGCCCAGUCGAUAGUGCGCUGGUGCAAAUUUAAAUAUAUCAACGAUGUCACGGACACUGCCAGCCGACCGGGCAGCUCCGCACCGGGUGGCAGCAUCCUUGGCACGCCGGAACUCUUCCUGACGCUGGCCGGUGCACUUGCUGUGACCGCACUCACCGCCAUCGAUGGUUUCACGCUGUACACUGAGCAAAACACCGGACGCCGGCACGUUUCGUCGAUAAUGUCGAGCGAGAGAAAGCUCGGCUACAAGACGCCUCACUCGCCGUUCCUGUCGAAAGUCACUUUCCACUGGAUCGUGCCGCUGCUGUGGCGCGGCUACCGGGAGCCGCUCGAGCUGGAGGAUCUAGGCAACCUGCACGAGAAGGACACCAGUCGCUAUCACUACGAUCAGUUUCUGUUCAUUUAUCAAAGCUACAAGAGCACUCGAGCCUCCCUGUGGCGCUGCUACGUCCGAAACGGGUGGCGGAUGUUCCUGCUCGGCGGGCUUCUUAAGCUGGCGGGCGAUUUGUGCGCCCUGGUCGGCCCACUUUGCAUUUCCAAUAUUGUCGAUUACAUUGCCGCCCAAUCGCUGGAGGCCACGGCGUCGGGCGUCCCCGAAACGCGUCCGGCAGCGUCGCUAAUUUUGGCCAAUGAGACAGCGCACUGGGACGCCAGCCAAAACUUGUCCGCCGCCGCCGGCAGCUUUGCCAAAUCAAAUCAAUCACUUGCGGCGACAGCCAGCGGCACUGGAAAUGGCGUCGAAAUGGAUGGCUUCGACGCGCUCACCCUUACCUGGGCGUCCCUGUUCGCUAAUGGAUGGAUCGUGUGCGUGCUCGUGCUGGUGGCAUCGCUCGCCCAGGGAACCCUUUCCCAGGCGAGCACUCACCUGAUGGACGAGGAAGGCAUUCGGCUGAAAAAUGCUCUCCAAGGGCUGGUGUACCGGAAAACGUUGCUGCUCAGCACGAGCUGCUUUCACCCGGUGGUGGAAAAACUUCCCACGCGCACCACCGGAACAGCCCGGAAUCAGGAGCACCGGCCAUCCCGGGUAGGGGCUGCCCAGCCGCAACAAAGCAAACCGCAGCGAAGAAACAGCCCCGGGGCAGAAGCAAAUGAACGCCACCGGGAGCGUACGGAUGAGAACAAUGUCAACAGGCGUGCAGCAACGGCAACAGCAGCAGCAGCAGCUGCAACCGAAUUGGACACGGAAGCGAUCGAACAUAAAACAUCGGUUGCAAACAGCGCACAGAUGGGCGAGGAGGCGCGUGAUGAACGACGGCGGCCACCAAAUGCAACGAAUGGCGAUCAAGUUCAACAGUUCAACGGGCGCACGGCCGGGGAACGAUUGUCCUGGGAGGGCGACAGCGUUGCGGAGCGCUUGAUUUGUGAUGCUCAGGAAAAGACACCACAACCGGCGGAAGAACCAGCGUCCGGAAAUGCGUCAUCAUCAUCGUCAUCCGGCGGUGCAGCAGCAGCAGCAGUAGCCAGCACAUCGGAACGAAGGGAAAAGCUACCAGCGCCAAACUUUGCGCACGAUGCUGGCACCAUCACCAACCUAAUGUCGGACGAUGCGUUCAACGUGAUGUCGUUCGUGAAGAUGGUACACUAUGUGUGGGCCAUACCGCUGAAGAUUGCCGUCGUUAUGUACCUGCUCUAUCGUCAGCUGGGGAUUAGUACGGUAAUUGGAUCGGUCGUUUGCAUCGUCACGAUGACACCGUUGCAGCUGCUGAUCGGUAAGCUGAUGGCGGCCAACUCGAAGAAAGUCUCGGAAUGCACCGACGAGCGGUUACGGCGCAUCAACGAGGUACUGCUGGGGAUAAAAUUAAUUAAACUGAACGCAUGGGAGACCGUAUUCAAAGAUAAAAUUUCGCAAGCCCGCCAGCAGGAGCUACGCCACCUCGACCUCGACUCAAUCUACUGGACAUUAAUGAUGUUGCUGACACACAUUUCCUCCGUGCUAAUUACCAUCGUAACGAUAGCCGUGUUUCUCGCGCUCGAAAACAACCCGAUCGAGUUGACCGCCGGCCGUCUGUUUGCAUCGCUAGCGCUCUUCAAUCAACUGACCGUACCACUGUUCAUCUUUCCCAUCACCAUACCGAUCACACUUUCGGCCAUCGUCAGCACUGGUCGGCUGGAAGCGUUCCUUGGCCAGCCGGAGGUAGAGCGGAGUUCGCUCGAAGGUAUCCGUACGAUGGCCCGAAUUCUUAGCAAAAGUGACGCGUCGCUGGACAUGGACGAAGCGGGUGACCCACAGGACGGGGACGAUGCUGCAGCAGCGCAGGAACAGUGCCUGGGUGUUCCGGUCGUGGCACCACCCGAUCAGGUAGAAGAAGGGCAGCAGCUGCAGCAGCCAGGCAUUAAAUCGUCCGAUAAUGUUACCGGUUCGCCGCAAACCGAGCGGAAAGCUGCUGACAAUGCUGGCCCAUUGCCGCUGGUGGAGGAUGUCGGUGGGAAAAGCUGCAGCCAGCAUUCGUCCAUGAGCUCGGACCGGUCGAUUAGGUGCGAGCAGGUUGACCGGGCACCGAUGGCCCGGCAGCGACCGGCCAAAUACCAGAAGACGGUCCCGAGCCCCCGCGUGAAGCUGAAGAAGCACAGCCAGCUGUCGGUGAGCGCACGGUUGGAGAAGUGUCGCCAGAAGCAGAAGCAUCUGGCGCGGGAAAUGCGCUUCGGGCUGCCCGACCAUGCGGCGGUGUUUCUUAAGGACGCACGCUUCCGGUGGAACGACACGGGGGCAGACGAUACCAUGACACACUGUGCGCUACACAUUGAGCAGCUGACCGUGCCGAAAGCCAAACUGACCGUCAUUGUUGGACGUAGCGGGAGCGGCAAAUCGUCCCUGCUGGCUGCGCUGCUCAAAGAGAUAAAUCAUCUUUCCGGCGAACUGAUCUGGAAUAAAUACUCAUCGAUUGCGUACGUUCCGCAGAAACCGUGGCUACAGAACGCCACCAUCCGGGAGAACGUCCUGUUCGGCGAGAGCUUCCGGCCGAAACGGUACGACCGGGUGCUGCGGGCCUGUGCACUGAAGCCGGACCUCGACCUGAUGCCUGCCGGCGAUGGGACGGAAAUUGGCGAACGUGGCCUGAAACUGUCCGGCGGUCAGCGGCAGCGUAUCGCCAUCGCCCGGGCCCUCUACUCUUCGGCCAACGUCGUAAUAUUGGAUGAUCCAUUGUCCGCCCUAGACAACGAAGUCGCCAUGGACGUUUUCGAGAACGGUGUCCACCGGAUGCUGGCACGCCAAAAGCGAACCAUCAUCCUGGUCACCCAGAAGGUGCAGCUGGUACAUCGAGCGGACAAUAUCGUGGUGAUGGAGGGAGGCACGGUCAGUGCAACAGGUUCGCUAACGGAAAUCGAGAACAAUUAUCCGCACAUCCUGCGGGAGUGGAAUGCAAUUAUUGCAAAGGAGCAGCAACAGUCGAGCGAAGCACAAUCGAGCCCGGGACGGACGGCACGGGAACGAUGGAAGCUGUUCAAAAACAUCUCUCGAAUUAGCUUUCAGCGGAACCAUGCAACCGAGGAGAACGAUUUCAUGGAGCGCACAUUUUACUUCCCCCGGACGAUGGCAAACCGGGCCCUGUUUGGAUCACGCUUCUCGGCGCACGAUUUUCCGCUGCCGAUCGAAGACUGUCACGAACCAAACGUUGCCCUGCGCCGGCACUACUCCAACCGGCUACGGAAGGAUUCACCCCCGUCGUCAACGGCCGUCGUCUUGCGCCGGCCUCCACUCGGACCAAUCGAACAUCCUCCCGGCACCGGACAUCAGAGUGUGUUUCGUGCGCUGUCCCUGCAGCUGGGCACGAACGCAACGACUAGCAGCAGCACGGUGAAUCAACGGCAGCAGCGGCAACCUGCGGUCGUCGUACGUCACAUUUCAUUCCCAACCACGCUGACCAGCUCGGGUGCGCUUGAUGAUGAUACGCUGUACCGGAAGCGGCUCAACCAGGGCGGUACGGCGGCUCAUCCGGGACAGCUGGUUUCUGCCGGCGCCCUGUCCGGACAGCGAAGAAUGCUUGCCAGCACGGACGACACGGGGAUGGACGGCAUCGAGCCGAACCGGACAGGUGUGCUGCUGUACGGCCAGAAUGAGGGCAGAAAUAGUUGUGAGGAUUUGAAGCGUAGCUCGAUUGGAUUCCGCAUUCCAGAGUUCCUGCGAAGGAUGUCACUGCGUGGCCGCCGGUUUUCGAACCCGACCGAGUUCGGCCGACCGUACCGGGAGCGGGAGGAUGGCUCGCGAAAGUCAUCACGCAAGACCAGUUCGCUAAAAAGCAUUCCGAAGGAGCGACAUUAUUCGAUCAAACGAUUGCUUUCAACGAUUUCGCGCCAAAGCGAGGAUACGGAGGAAUCUUCCGUUGAUUACGGCGAAGCCGAAGUGUCCAACCGAUUGAUCUACGACGACGAGCGCAAAUACGGCCGCAUUCCGGCCCGAAUGUAUUGGCUGUAUCUGAUAUCGUGCGGUCCGCGCAUGGUUGCCAUCUUCUUCCUGAGCGCGCUGGCCCAGCAAGCGCUCAAAGUGUACACCGACUUCUGGCUGCAGGAGUGGACGGAUCAAACAGCGACCAUCUCGACCAUUGUCGUCCCGGCGAAUGGCACGGUUGCCGAUGCAUCUUCGCCAACCAAACCGUUGGAGAUACGGCGCCAUUUCCACGCGUACGUCGCACUGUCCGCUGUGUGUAUCGUACUGGCGGCCAUCUCCGUACCGGCCGGACAGCGGGCGGGCAGCAACGCCCGGCGGAGGUUACAUCGGGAGCUGAUUGCAUCGGUGCUGCAGAAUUCCAUCCAUUUCUUCCAAUCCGUACCGCUGGGGCGGAUCAUGAAUCGGCUCAGCAUCGACGUGGCCGUGGUGGAUAAGAAAAUCGCUGCAACAAGUCAAAAGCUGCUACAAUUCAUUCUGCUCUGCGUGUGUGCCGUGCUCAUAAAUAGUGUCGUGACGCCGUAUUUCAUCCUGUUAACAAUACCAAUUUGCGGCAUAUACUACAUGGUGCAAAAAUUCUACCGUGCAUCGUCCAGGGAGCUGCAGCGCAUCGAAAGCAUGACCUAUUCCCCGGUGCUGGCACACUUUUCCGAAACCAUCGAGGGCGUUACGACGAUCCGUGCCUUCGGCCAGGAAGCACGCUUUAUGGAGGUUUUGUUUAAGCGCAUGGAGGCGAACAACGUGGCUCAGCUGGCGCUGAACUGCAGCAAUCGGUGGCUCGGCAUCGCGCUGGACUAUCUCGGUGCUAUCAUUGUGUUCGUCGCGAUCCUGACAGCGCUGAUUACGGCCAGCCUGCGACCACAGUCGACCAGCUCGUCGUUGAUUGGGCUGGCGGUCAACUACGCGAUGCUGGUGCCAAUCUAUCUGAACUGGGUUGUGAAGCUGUUCGCCGAGAUGGAAAUGUAUGGCGGUGCGGUCGAGCGAAUACAAUCCUUCAUCGAGUGCGAUGUCCAGCGGCGCCGGCUGGACUGUGGUCACCGGGGACGUUCGUCAAGAGUGGUGCAAGACACCGGUGUGGUGCCGUUUUCAUAUAAAACUGUCCCAAUAUCUUGGCCACUCCGGGGUGUCAUCGUGUACGAUGGCGUCUCGCUGCGCUACGAAAAUCAAAAGGAGAACAUAAUCACAAAUUUGAAUUUAACAAUCCCGGCAGGUCAACGGCUUGGCAUCUGUGGGCGCACUGGAAGUGGGAAAUCAUCGCUAGCGUUGGCCCUGUUCGGAGCGCUGGAAAUUACGGCAGGUCGCAUUCUGAUCGAUGACGUUGACAUCGCCGGACUGCACACGGAUGAGUUGCGUUCGCGGCUAUCGAUCAUCCCGCAGGAGGUGAUGCUGUUCGGUGGCAGCGUGCGGGAGAAUCUCGAUCCGAGGGGCCAUUUUUCGGACCUGGAGCUGUGGAACUGUCUCGAGCUGGCGCAGCUUAAAAAUGUCGUCAUGUCUUUACCGGACGGGUUGGACACGCAGAUAUCAGACGAUAAGCAUUAUUUUAGCAGCGGCCAACGGCAACUGUUCUGUCUUGCAAGGGCCAUACUGCGCGGUUCAGUUUGUCUGGUGCUGGACGAGGCAACGUCGUCGCUCGACACGGAAACGGAGAAGCUAGUCCUUCAGGCAGCGAAGAAAGCGUUCAAGGGACGGACGGUGAUCACGAUUGCUCAUCGGCUUCAUUCGCUGGUGGACUACGAACGGGUUCUGGUGCUAGAGCAGGGCCGUAUCGUUGAGGAUGGAUGUCCCCGGAAGCUAGCUGGUAAACCGGGUAGCAAAUUUGGAACUAUGCUGAAAGCAACCGAUCACCAGCAGCACGCGAUAGUGGAAGACGAUGAAGCAAAACGGUAAUGGAUCGCACCCCGUGAGAGUGUAAUUAAUCGUCUCUCGUUGUAAGAUGCAUCCCAAGCGGUGUAGUUCAAGCAACGAUUAUACAGUGUGCCGAUCGCGAAAUGGAUGCUGUAAACGGAAUAUAUCGUUUGCCUCGGUGUUACCAUAGACAGAUUGUUGAAAUUAUAGCAAAAAUGUACAUUUUGAUGAUUAGAAAUCGAACUCUAAAGUGAUAUGUAACUGAUUAAUCAAUAAAUUGGUGGUCCAAUAUAACAAAAUUUGUAAUGGAUAUAAUGUUUUGUUGUGAACU